AUGGACGUCCAGCAAGAUCAACGCAUAAGCAAAUUAUUACCUACAGUAAAGUGUUCAGAUUGCGGAGUAACAGUAGAGUUUCGAAAGCUCGGUGAACAUCUUUGUUCGGCCCCAGCGGUUCCAGAAUUACCUGCCGCUUAUAAGAACAGUAAUAUUAAAAUAGGAAAGGAAGUACCUGGACAAAAAAUCCAACCCAACCUCACCCCUCUGCUCGUUGAUAACAAUUUUUCAUAUAAUUCUACCCCAUCACCCACCGACUCCGAACAUUCCAAUUAUUCCAAUUAUUCUAAUAAAUUCGCAAACCCAACUAUUAAUCCCGAAAAAAGCAAACCCGCUCGUUCAUUCUUGCAAAAGUAUCAGCAAGUUACCGGCAAACCAAUAAAUUCGCCUUCCUUCCAACCUCCACUUACACCCUCAAGUGACCGAGGCUAUUCAGAUAUGCCGGAUUUACAAGAUAGACAAGUGAACAACCCUAAUGGAAACGGAGUGUAUUAUAAAGAUGCUGGCAACAUGAUGCAAAAAAAUCAAGUAUAUGGAAACGGUUACCAAAACGAUCGUGAACGACAACAUGUGAGACCUUAUGACCAGGGAUACGGAAAACCCCCUUUUGAGAACACUAAACAUCCAUAUAGAAAUGUGGAUCCUUACCGGGCUAAUCAAAUGCCACCCAGUAAUAAUUAUUUAAAUGAUAAUAUGGAACGUGCUCAAGGAAAAUAUUACCGAAAUCCUAAUGACGGAUAUACCAAUGGAGAUUAUAUGCGCCGCGAAGAACCUCGCAGUCGUAGUCGUUCACCUGCACCAGGAUACGAUCGACAAAAUUACCCUCAAAUGCCACCUAAUCACCCAUAUGGUGCACCGCAACCAUUACGCCAAGCUCCUUAUGACCGGUACGAUGGUCAAUUACCGUACGGCCAUGACAACUAUAGGCCACAAAAUCCUCGUAUGCCACCACCACAAGAAAAAAGUAGCGAUCCUUCAUUUCCAGUGCGUACACAGUCGCCACCUAGCUCCUAUGUGUCAGAUAACAAUAAUGGAAGUCACAAAAGUAAUACUACGUCUUUUUCAUCAACGGGUUCUAGCGCAUCAGGAAAAUACAAUC